UAGAACUAGAUUAUAACCCAUUUUCUACAACGAAUGGGCGCAAAAGCAAGUACUCCCGCAAAUAGCGGUCACCAGAGUCCUCGUUCACGAACGUUUUCGAGCAGCUCUACCGGUGCUGAACUUCAAAGUUCGUCUGUGGACCGGCAGCGUGCACGUAGUUUAAGUUCUGUGCCAGACAUGCAUGGCCAGAACAGCAAUUCCUCUACUGACCACCACAGUCAACAAUCUCAAGGCAUUACUACAGCCAAUAGCAACAAUUAUGCCAGUUCAUCAACGUCACAACAAGGUCACAACAAUCACAUGCAGCGUCACACACUGGGAGAUAACUUACGGAAUGUCUCCAUGGCCGGGGCAAGCUUUGUUGAGAGUAUAGCUCUGGCAGCUCAAUCUGCCUCGAAUGGUGCAAGUAACAGUAUCGGCCGGGUGUACACAGCAACAUCACUUCCAUCGCAAAUUUGGUCCUUCAAUGGUAUUAAAUGUCCGGUAUGCAACAAAUUUGUUUUACCCGAUGAUAUUGAAUGCCACUUGGUAAUGUGCCUGACGAAACCACGACUCUCCUACAACGAGGAUGUCUUAGCGGAUGCCAAGGGUGAAUGUGUAAUUUGCUUAGAAGAUUUAAAUCCUGGUGAUAUAAUAGCGCGCUUGCCAUGUCUUUGUAUUUAUCAUAAAUGUUGUAUUGAUCGGUGGUUUGAAGUUAAUCGGUCCUGCCCAGAGCAUCCUGGCGACUAGUUAAAACUCAAUAUGUAAUUAAAUGAAAACUUUUCUAUUUUAGUAUAAUAUAUUAAUUAUAUAAACUGCAAAAAUACCGAUAUGAUAAACGAUUAUUUAGUUAUAGAUUUAUAUGAACAUAAUGAAACAAAAGCAAAACUCUCAAAAAUAAACGUUUUUAAAACAACAACAAAACUAUACAAACAAA